AUGGGAUCCAGUACUGGCCAGUGCGUAGCAGCCCUCGAGGGACAUGGUGACUGGGAGGGCUUAAUUUCCUGGUUGCAAGAUGGAAGCACACUUGCGUCAGCGUCCUCUGAUAACACCGUGAGGAUUUGGAAUCCGGCCACUGGCCAUGACGCGGUAAAAUCAACUUUUUGGUCGCAAGAUAGCAGUCGACUCGCAUCAACGUCAGAUGAUCACACAUGGGAUCCGGCCACCGGCCAGAGUGUGUCAACUCUCAAGCGCCAUAGUGCCUGGGUAAGCUCGAUUGCUUGGUCGCACGAUGGCAUGCAUCGGCUCCCUUUGUCGCCUGCUGAUUAUCGAUCGUCCGUUGCUCUGUUUUUGGUAUAUGUGCAACAACUUUGGCAGUCGGCAGUUCAUCAGGUAACAUCGUAUGUCUAG